AUGCUCCAUCCCACCAACGCCACCAUCUACAUGGCGAGUCGCUCUUCCUCAUCCGGUGCAUCCGCCAUCUCCGAAGUCACCGCGAGCGAUCCCUCCAAAGCGGAAAAUCCCAUCUUCCUCCCUCUCGACCUCAUGGAUUUCCACAGCAUUCGCGCCGCGGCUGAAACGUUUCAAAAGCGCGAGGAUAAACUUGAUGUUCUGUGGAAUAAUGCGGGGAUAGGAGGAUUACCUACGGGCUCGAAAAUGAAACAGGGGAUUGAGGGACAUAUGGGGGUUAAUGUGGUGGGGACGUUUUUAUUUACGCGCUUGCUGCUGGGGUGUUUGAAGAGGGCGACGAGGGAAUGUGAGAAGGAUGGGGUGAGGAUUGUGUGGAUGACGAGUUGGAUGGCGGAGGGGAGGAGUCCGGAUGGUGGGCUCAUCCAAACCCCUGGUAAUCUUCAAACCCAAGCCUACCGCACGCUCGCCCCCACCACCAAAUUCUCCAUCAAUCUACUUCUGCACCCCGCCAAACUCGGUGCCGACACUAAACUUUUCGCCGGACUCAGUCCUUCACUAACUUCGGCAUAUCAAGGCGCGUUUAUUGUUCCCUGGGGACGCGUGCAGUCGCGCAAUCAGCGCGAGGAUAUCUAUGCUGCGUUGGAGGAGGGGAGGGGAGGGGAAGGAAGUGGUGGGAGUGGUGUGAGAGAGUUAUUGGGGAGGGGGGUGUAG